UGUAAUAUUUGCUCUUAAUUUUUGAUUGUUUUUUGUGAUGUGGAAAUGAAACGAAUUUGCGACAGCAAUUGACACACAACUAAAGUGGAAACGCAGAAGCAGCAGCUGCUCUGCCUCCGUCAUGCCACAGCGCUGCCAGUGCCAGUGAGAGAGUGAGAGAGAGAGCCCCCAAAAGUGAAAACGUUCUGGAAAAUCAGGCGAAUCGAAGAGCAGAAAAGACAGCAGUGCAAUGUCAACAGAAAGCAAUACGCCCGUGGAUCCGCGUGUCCAGAUCGAACUGGAGAAAUUGAAUUCUGCAACGGACAACAUCAAUCGAUUCGAAGUGGAGCUCGAUGAGUCCAAGUGCGAGUUCAAGCGUCUGCUGGCGGAGAGCGUGGUGCGCAUCAAAGCGGCCGCCCACAAGCUGGGAAAUUCGAUUGAUGCCGCCAAACCGUACUACGAGUCGCGCAUCUAUGCCGCACAGCUGGCGAAGGAGACGCAACAGUCUGCGGCCAAUCACGAGAAGGCCAAAUCCAUUCAUGCCACCGCCAAGGAGAUGGUAUACUUGGCCGAGCAGGGACUCGGCGAGAAGUCAACAUUGGAUACGGCCUGCCAGGAGAUGCUCAGCCAUGCUGCCAGUAAAGUGAAUCAAUCGCAGCUGGAGGUCACCGACACACGGAAUGCACUGAAAAUGUGCCAGCUGAAGCUGGAGGUGGCCAACAAUCGGGUGAACAAGCUGCAGGGACAGCUCAAGCAGGCGCUACGUGCAUCCAGAUUGCAGCUCAAGCGCAAUUUACUUUUGUUGAGAUACUUUAGCAUUAUGCACGCCCUGCACUGUACCUUGUGUUCGCCCUACUACGAGACGCGUGCGAACUACAACGGACUGCUGAAGGCCCAGAAGCUGCGGGUCAACGAGCUGGAGGCAAAGGUCAGCGCCGCCAAGCUCACCUACAACGAGGCCUUGAAGAAUCUCGAACAGAUCUCCGAGGACAUCCACCGGCAGCGACAGCAGCGCAACAAUCUCCUCAACUACGAGGCCAUGCUACGGCAGGUGGACGCUGUGGAUGCUCUGUCUGGCGGUGGAAUGCAGAGUGCCAGGGGCAGAGACAGAGACAGGGACGAUGACCAUGAUGCUGAGGUGGAUCUGGAGGAGGAGGAGGACUAUCUGCGUAUGCCCGAUCGUCUGGGCAGUGCGGGCAGUCCGCCGCGUCAGUGUUUGAGCGAUCCGCACGAUUGUCCCCAUUUGCUGACGGACUUUGAGGCGGUGCUGACGUUCCCCCAGAAGCUGGCUGGCGGUAUGCACAAAUCGGCCAGCACCAGCGCAACGGAUGGCGACACCAAUCUGUUCUCGGUGCAGGCCCAGGGACUCCAUGCUCCCUACGAGGUGAAGCAGCGAUCAGAGUCCGGCAGCGGUUCCCUGGGUGGAUCGGCCUCGGCAUCGGCCUCAGCAUCGGUCUCGGGGGCACCGGGCGACAACGACAUUGAGCAGUGGACGGAGAUCCGGUUGUCCCACUCGGACAGCACCAGUUCCAGCUACUCGAAUCAAUCGCUGCUGGAUCAGCACGGCCUGGAGGGUGCCGGUGGCUGCGGCAGUGGUGGCGGCGGCGGCGGCGGCCUGGGAUAUGGCCUGAACCGUGGCGGCGGCUACGAUCCGGAUGUUCUGUCCCAGCACUCGGGAUCGUCCUCGGAUGAGCCCAAGCGGAAGGUGACCUGCACCACGAUAUUCCAGGACGACGGCAGCCACUCCGCCAGCGGCGGUGGUCAGCAGAUGAGCCGCAAGCAGAGCCUCAGCCAGUGGCUGUCCCGCUCGAACAGCUUCAAGAGCAGCGGCCGGAGGCAGAGCUUGGAUCUGUUGAUCGAUGCGGGGGACAAGGUGAAGGAUGCGUUUAGCUACGGUUUUCAGAAGGUGGGCCGCAGUCUGGAGAGGCGCAACAGCGAAUCGGAGAUGGCCGCCACCGAGGGCGGCGGGGCCGAGGCAGAGGCGCUGCUGGGUACAACGACGACGGUGACGGCAAUGUCAUCCUCGGGCAGUGCGGGAGGAGGCGGAGGCAGCACUAGUGGCGGCGUCGUCAGCAGCGGCGGCGGACCUGGUGACUUUUUCCUCUUCAGCAGAUCGUCAGAGCCUAAAGAGUUACUAUCCGAUGAGCAGGUUGAGAAUUUACUAUUAAAUCAUUCGGUGGACGAGCACGGUGCUAUAAUAGUGGAAGAACUUAAGUCGCCAACAACUACAACAACAACAAGCAUGCAUCACACACACCAACAACAACAACAGCAGAAACAACAUCAUCAAGCGCUAAAUGUGGUAGGAGCUUUGUUGUUCUAAGAAACGAAAUGUUAGUGAGUCUCGCCGACAACGAGAUACCUUUACUAGAGCACACAACAAACAUACAUACACACGCAAACAAGCACACACACACGAACACAUAUUAAAUUAUGGCAAAAUUUUUACUCUAUGAGUAUUUUGGUGGGCUGGGCAUCGACCCGCAAGAAACGAAAAGAAAACAAUUAGUCAAAAUGUAGUACAUAUCAUCAAUCCCAAAAUCCAAACACAUUUACAUUACACGGACACACAAACUAUGUUCUAAUCCUAACAAAACAAAAUGUGCAAUAAUUUUUGUGUGUUAUUUAGAGGCAUACGAAAAAUAAGAUGGUUACAUUUUAUGCUGUUUACAAUAAGCAAAUAACUAAAACGCUAGUCAAAAAACGAAAUCAGUUACAAAUGUUUUUAGUGUGUAUUUAAACAUUCAGCAGAAGCAUAAACACAGCAAAAAAAAAAAAACCAAAUGAAAACAGUAAUACUUACAAAUAAUAAUUGUACAAAUAAUGUUAUUUGUGGCGUAUGCAGAAAGCGGACUGGUAGCGACUUUCCUUUAUCGAAAGAUUUUAAUUGUGAAAUUGAAAUUCUACAUAUAGUAUGUAUAUUCUUGUAUCUGUUUCUAUAUCCACUAUUCCAUUCAUUUUCUGCCCACGCCACUGAAUGUUACAUACAUAAAUACAACAUUUAUUGAUACCUGCAUUACAAUUAUAUAUG